CUCUCUCUCUCUCUGCAAGGUGUCGCCCGGUAACUUUCCCGCCAGGGCUUUCUUUCUCGAGGGAAGAUGUCGACCCUUUCCACCCAGAAUCUCUAACGUUUCAUCUGCGGCCAGAUAAUUGCUGAUUGCUAAUCCUUUCAGUAGAGCAACCCAUUCUUUAUGGCUUUCGUGGGUAUCAGAAGGCAAAACGGCAUUGCCUCUGCUAUCUAGGAAUGAUGAGCUCGCUGGGACUCCAGUCGCCUCUAAGAGCUUGAGAUUAGGGGACAGGGCUAGCUCCUUCUCCUGCUCUCUGGUUCCCCCUUCUGCUUCUAUUUUUCCAUUGUAGGGGUUUAUAAGGGUUAAUCCAUUAAACAAGGUGAUAGCACAUUCCAUGACGAGUGGUUUUACUGUAUCAGGAUUGGAUUUUGUCCCAUGCCACAAAGUCUGGACCAUUGGCAAGGCCUUCCAUCGAUCAUUGGCUAUCAAGAGUAUGAGUAAGAUCAACGUGCUAGAGUUUCGAAUGCUCCAUCAUAUGGUGCCAAGAAAUGGAAAUCGAAUGCUUCAAUUUAGGAACUUGACUCUUGCUGCAGUUGCAGUUGACAUUCCCCAGCGCUCAGCUGAGUGGUUCGAGCUGAGGAAAAACAAACUGACAACUAGCUCUUUCAGUACAGCCCUGGGAUUUUGGAAAAACCGUCGCUCAGAGCUGUGGUAUGAGAAGGUAUUUGAACCGGAUGUAUCUACUUUCGUUAAUACCUCUGCCAUGACAUGGGGAGUCCUUAAUGAGGCAGCUGCCAUUGAGAGGUACAAAAGCAUCACGGGCCAUGAAGUAGGUGUUCUUGGUUUCGCUACCCACACUAAUGAGGAAGAAUUUGGCUGGGUGGGUGGGUCACCUGAUGGACUUGUCACUGAUGUGGGGAUAUUAGAGGUGAAAUGUCCCUAUAACAAUGGGAAACCAGAGCUUGGGGUGCCAUGGACGAAGGCCCCAUAUUACUAUCUACCGCAAGUGCAGGGCUUACUGGAGAUCAUGGGGAGAGAGUGGGUGGACUUGUACUGCUGGACGCCUAAAGCUAGUACAGUGUUUAGAGUUUACAAGGACAUUAGCUAUUGGGAGUUGAUACAGGGUAUUCUUAAGGAGUUUUGGUGGGAAAGUGUGAUUCCUGCAAGGGAGGCAUUGCUUCUUGGGGACACGGAGAGAGCACAGAAGUAUAUGCCUACGGAAAAACACCAGCUUACGGGAUACGUAAUGGCUAAAAGCAGAGCUUUGGCUGCAGAGUCAAGGAUAAUUUACAAGGAAGUUGAAGGGAAAAUGGAGCUGUGCGACCUGUAGCAGCGAUUGAGCGGUCGAGGAUAAUUUACAAGUAGUCGAAGCGAAAUUGGAGUUCUGCCAAACGUGGUGGCAAGUGUCCAAUGGGACCUAAUUUGGUGCAUUGGGUGGAAUUAGCUUUCUUGCCGCUUGGCAUGUCAAUUUUUCUCCAUUAGUUCAGGGCCCAGAAGGGCUCAGAGGCCAAAAAGCUGCAUCUGUUGUAUAUUGGAUAUAUUUCUUGUUAGAAGGCAGUUGUUUCCUGCAAAAGUCGUCUAUCUUGAUUGUUUCAUACCA